AUGUUGCAAUAUUUUGUUGGUAAGUUAUUUGGUGACUUGCCAUCUAAUUUUAAUUUUAUAAUAGGAAAGAAAGUAGAAUAUAAAGUUAAAAUAGGAUAUUACGAAAUUUAUGAGGGGAUUAAUAAAAAUAAUGAAGAAGUUAGUAUAUUUAUAUAUGAUAAAAAAAAUAAAGAAAGAAAUAGUAUUAAAAGAUAUACUAGCAAUCAUUUUAAUUACUCUAAAAAAUUAAUUCAUCCUAACAUUUUAAAAGUUUUAUAUACUUACGAAAAUGAUAAAAGAAUUUAUAUAGUAACAGAAAAGUGUAUUCCUCUGAUAUUUGAAAAAAUUAAAAGUGAUCCAAUAUGGGGAUUAUAUGAAAUAAUUAAUGCUGUUAAUUUUAUUAAUACAUGUAAUUAUAUUCAUUGUUUAAUAAAUCCACUUUCUGUAUUUGUUAACUCAAGUGGGAGAUGGAAGUUGUCUUUAUUUGAUUGUAUUCAUGAAAAGGAUUCUAGUAUAAGUAAUGUUUUAAAUGAUAUUAAAGAUCAUUUAUUAUGUGAAUAUGGUUAUAAACCAAAUUUUCCAAAUCAUAUCCAUUCAACUUAUAUAGAUGCAUAUGGUUUAACCAUUUUAAUGAUUUGGUCUUAUAAAAAUUAUGUUUCAUCAACUUUAUGUAUUGACUAUUCUUUUUCUAUCCUAGAAAAAAAUGAUAAUACUAAUAAUAAUGCUAAAUUUUUAAAUAAUAAAUUUCUAUGUAACAAAGGUAGUAAAAAUUCUUUCAUAGAAGAUAUAAAGAACCAAGAUGCUUAUGAUCUAGGCUCAAAUAUUUUUAAUAUAAAUAUUAAAAACAGUAAAGACUAUAUACCUAAAAACCUUCACAUUAUAUAUGAUAUAUUAAGUAAUUAUAGCAAUAAAGAAAUUGAUUUUAGUAUGAUUUUAAACAAUGAGAACUUAAAAAACAAUAAUAUAGUAAAUAUGAUGCUAUUUUUAACAGAGUUACAUAUGAAGUCAAAGUUUGAAAAAACUAAUUUUCUUGAAGAAUUGUUUAACAAUCUUGAUAAUUUAUCAUUAGAUGUGAAAUUUCAAAUGAUUUUGCCUGAAUUAGUUCAGAAUAUUGAAAUAUCAGAAAAUGUGGUUAAAUGUUUAAAAAUUAUUUUAAAUAUUUCAAAGGAUUUAUCUUCAGAUUAUUUUCAAAAAUACGUAUAUACUACUUUUGUUAAAUAUUUUUCUUUAACUGAUAGAUCUAUUAGAUACGUAUUAUUAGAAAACUUUCAUUUAAUUGAAAAACAAUUGGAUAGUAAUCAUAUGAAUGAAAUUUAUAACGCAUAUACGUAUGGGUUUUUGGAUAACAACUUGUCUAUUAAAAAUGAAAGUAUAAAAAAUUUCAUAUAUAUAUUUCCAAAAUUGAAAAAAAGUUUUAAAACAUCAUCUAUUAAUUUAUUAUUAGAAAAUUUAAAAGAAGCUGACUGUUGUAUAAGAACAAAUGUAAUUAUAUGUAUUGCAAAAAUAUCAAAAUACAUAUCAACAGAUAAGCAAAAUAUUCUUGAAAAUGUAUAUCAGAUAGGAUUAGAAGAUUCUUUUGUUCAAACAAGAAUAGCAACAUUGCAAUCUAUUAAAUUUACUUAUGAUCAAUUUAAUACAAAAAAAUUUGUAUCAAGUUUGUUGCCUCUAAUAAUUACUUCUCUAAUAGAUAAUAAUUUGGACGUGCGCAUAUAUGCAUUUGACACAUUAGAAAAUGUUUUAGUUCAGCUAAAAAAGGAUUUGCUUGAGCACAGUAAAAAUGAUAAUAAUAAUUCCAUAGAUUCAAUGAAAACAUAUAAAUUUAUUGAUAAAAUUAAAGAUAUUAUUAAAACUAAAUGUGAAGUUAAUAUAGAAAUAAGUAAAAAUGAUGAAAGUUUUUUAUAUAAAAACAAUGAACAAAAGAAUAGUUUGAAUGAAAAUGGAUUAAUUGAUGUAAAUUCAAAUUAUGAUAUUAAUAAUCAUAAUAUUAAUGAUAAAAAUGUUAAAUUAAUAAAUGAAAGUAUUAAUGAUAAAAAUGUUAAAUUAAUAAAUGAAAGUAUUAAUGAUAAAAAUAUUUUAAUACCAAACACAAAUUCUAAAAAUAAUUAUUCUCAGAUUUCUUCAGAAAAAAUUGAUCCACAUACGAACGUUAAAAAUAAUUUUAUUUUACAAAAAAAAUUAAUGAAUGAUUAUAACUGUAAAAAUAAUAAAAUAGUAAAAGAAAAAAGUCACUAUAAUAAUAAUAAUUAUGAUUUAAUAAAUAUUAACAUAACUGAAUCCAAUGAACAAAAAUCACCAAAUAAUUUUCAAAGGAAUAUUGAAUUUAAUACAAUGGACAAAAAAUUAAAAAAAAAAGUUGAUAUAGAUAUUGAUGAUUUCUUUGAUGAAUUUAAUAUAAAAAAAGAAAAUAAUACUCCUAAGGUUAAAUUAAGCUCACUCUUAUAA